ACGCGCGAGAGGGGCGGGGACUGCCGCUGGGCUUGUAAAGACCGCCCUCCCGGCUCGCCGGAGCUCGCCGGCUGCUCGCCAGCCCGCGGGAGAGAGGGGAGAAUUCGAACGCUUCCUCGGUGUUCCGGUCUGGAGCUGCCCCUUUGCGGCUGGCGUCCCUGACCCAGACACCUCGUUUCUUUUUAAUACUUCCAGGGAAACAAUAACCUUCAAGCUGGCGGAAGCAAUGGUUCACAUAAAGAAAGGCGAGCUGACCCCAGAGGAGAAGGCGCUGCUGGAAGUCAUCGGGAAAGGUAGUGUCCAAGAAGCUGGAACACUAUUAGCCAGCAAGAAUGUUCGUGUCAACUGUUUGGAUGAGAAUGGAAUGACUCCUCUAAUGCAUGCUGCAUAUAAAGGAAAACUUGAUAUGUGCAAAUUACUUUUGCGACAUGGGGCUGAUGUAAACUGUCAUCAACAUGAACAUGGAUACACAGCCCUCAUGUUUGCUGCGCUUUCUGGUAGUAAAGACAUCACCUGGGUAAUGUUGGAGGCUGGAGCUGAGACAGAUGUUGUCAACUCAGUAGGAAGAACAGCAGCUCAGAUGGCAGCCUUUGUGGGUCAACAUGAUUGUGUAACUGUAAUCAACAAUUUCUUUCCUCGAGAGAGAUUGGAUUAUUACACUAAACCCCAGGGACUGGAUAAAGAGCCGAAACUUCCCCCAAAGUUGGCAGGCCCACUGCACAAAGUUAUCACCACAACAAAUCUUCAUCCUGUCAAGAUCGUGAUGCUUGUAAAUGAGAAUCCUCUGCUGGCAGAAGAAGCAGCUCUGAAUAAAUGUUACAAGGUGAUGGAUUUGAUUUGUGAGAAAUGCAUGAAGCAAAGUGACAUGAAUGAAGUGUUGGCUAUGAAAAUGCAUUACAUCAGCUGUAUCUUUCAGAAAUGCGUUACCUUCUUAAAAGACGGAGAGAAUAAACUGGACACUCUGAUUAAAAGCUUGUUAAAAGGCCGACCUUCUGAUGGCUUUCCGAUAUAUCAAGAAAAGAUCAUUAGAGAAAGUAUCAGAAAAUUUCCUUACUGUGAAGCAACCCUCCUCCAGCAACUGGUGCGAAGCAUUGCUCCCGUUGAAAUUGGUUCCGAUCCCACUGCCUUCUCUGUACUUACUCAGGCCAUCACUGGUCAGGUGGGUUUUGUGGAUGUUGAAUUUUGCACUACCUGUGGAGAAAAGGGAGCGAGUAAAAGAUGCUCAGUCUGCAAAAUGGUAAUAUACUGUGAUCAAACCUGCCAGAAAACACAUUGGUUUGCACAUAAGAAAAUCUGUAAGAAUCUCAAGGACAUUUAUGAGAAACAACAACUGGAGGCUGCCAAAGAAAAGAGUGAAGAGAACAGUGGCAAACUCGAUGUCGAUUUGAAUGGUGUUGAUGAAGAGCGGCCAGCGGCUGACGCGGCAGGCUCCCAGGAGGAUGGCGACCCUAGAGAGCCUGUGGAAGGGGAGAAGGCGUCUCUUCCGUGCGAUGCGGGGUUGGAAUGCUCACAGGGCGCUGCCGCGGGCCCAAUGGCAGCUGAGGAGUAAGCCGGAGCACGCGCCAGCAUGGACGGUCCUCACCCUGCAGGGGCUGGAGAACUCACGUGACUGUCCCCAUUGCCUGUGGCACCCGCAUGGCACCGUGGCAGGGUUUCCUAGAAUAGAUGCUUGCCAACAGAGCUGUGUCUACCAUGCCCUAAUGUCCACUGAUUUCUGUUCUAUAAUUAGACAGAUAUUCCUAUGGAAAAUUUUUUUCAAAAUACAGGAGAAACAUUUCUAUUUCCUUUCUGAGGCCAGCUUUCCAGCAAUUGUUCUCAAAAGGGAAAAAAUCCCCUUAAAGAAGAAAUAGAGGCUCUAGGGGACAAAGGGUCAAGUAGAACAGGUGUAGGAGAGAGAUUUUCAAGAAAGAAAAAUGUUAGCUACAAAGAUGGGAAGUUAAAAAAAUCAUAACUUAUGUGUGGAUAAAAUGCAUAUAAAUAGCAUUUACAAUAGUGGAGUUCUACAUAUUAGGAUGUAAGGAAAUGAAGAAAGCCUGUGUGUUUAAACAUCUCUGCCCUAGUUCAGCUAAUUAUAGUUUUCUAUAGAGUUACCUUGAGCAGCCUGAACUGUAUGUACUUCCUGCAGGGAUGUAUUCUCUACAUAUAGUAUGUGCACCUUCAGAAAUACCAGGUUCCCCAGAGGGAAUUAAGGCAUCGCCAGAGUUAUCUCAGCAUGACGUUUUUGAUAAAAUUAUGGCUAAACAUAGUUUCCACAAUUAUUGUAAAACUAAUUCACGAGCCAUAUUCCACCUGAAAGGCUGGCUUUUAUCUUCCGAAAAGCUUAUCAUGUGGGCUUUCCUUCCAGAAACUGGUUUAUAACUGUCGUUUAUAGAAUGUUCUGGCAUCAGUUUUUAGAGUGUGCAGUAUUUAAGCAGAGCUAGAGUGUGAUGGCUGAAGAUAGCACUGUGUUAAAUAAUUUCUUGUGUUGAUUGUAAAAUAAAUUGUGCUUAUUAAUAUAACCAAUUCA